GCAGUCAAAUAUUUAUCUCUAUAUAAAUAGUUAUAAAUGUGAAUUCUGCACAGGUUUCUGACUGAUUUUCUUUAUUUCAGAAACAAACAAGAACAUGGGCGUAGAAGGAGGUGCUAAAAUCCUCAAAUUUUUGGUUUUCUUUUUCAAUUUCAUCUUCUUUAUUUUUGGCUGUGUGCUUGUUGGCAUUGGAGCUUGGGUUCUGGUUGACUCUGGUGACUAUGUGACAUUGACCAAGGCAGUGCCUUAUGCAACUGGACCUAGGGUUUUGAUUGCGGCAGGUGCACUCGUUGCAAUUGUGGCAUUCCUUGGGUGCUGUGGAGCCUGGAAAGAGAACCGCUGCAUGCUGGUCAUUUUCUUUAUUCUCCUUCUUGUGAUCCUGUCCUUGGAGAUUGCUGCAGGAGUAUUGGGAUAUAAGAAUCGUGACAAGGUUGAGAACAGUCUAGACGAAGAUUUUUUGGAGGAACUCCGACAGCAUUACAAUGAAGGUGGAAGUGAAGGAGCUACCAAGGGAAUUGAUACACUGCAGGAAAAGGAGAAGUGUUGUGGCUGGUAUAACUACACAGACUGGUACCAGUCAAAGUUUGGAGGGCCGACCAACAGAGUUCCAGACAGUUGCUGCAAAGAAGUUGUUAAAGAUUGUGGAACCAAAAAGGAUAUUUCCCUUUGGUAUCAAGGGGGUUGCAAGACGAAGCUGGAGGACUUGCUCAAAAGCAAGUUGAAAUAUGUGGGCGCCAUUGCUGUUGCUAUUAUUGUCAUCCAGCUCCUUGGGAUGAUAUUUGCUGCUGUUUUGAUCUGCAAGAUUGGUGAUGGAACAACUUAUGCCUAAAACUCACAAUCGUGUUAAUCUUCUCUUUAAAGAUGCAAAAUGCAGUCCUUUGUUUGGACAUAACCAUUAUGUAAACCAGACAUGUGCUGAAAAUUUCUUUAUCUGACUUUUUGUAUUUAACAGGCUAGGGUUUAAUGUUAGAGUCAUUUUCGUAUAACAGUUUUCAUAAUUUGACGGUUUUCUUGGUUUGUCUCAAAUAAAAAAAGUUUGUUUUAAAAAUUUGAUUUGUUAGUUCUUAUUUUUGUAUUUUGAUUUGUUUUUGUUUUAGUUUGGUCAGUAAGAUAGGCUACUUCAUUUUUUGUUUGUUGUUUCAAUGUGUCCUGAUCAAGAGCAGGUCUCUAUUUAUAAAAGAACCUUGCACUCUCUCUAUAUGACUUUUAAUUAACUGUGUGACUUUGCAAUGUAUCUUACAUGUCUACACAAGCUGUGGUAAAUAUUUGCAUCUGAAGAAUAUUUUUUAGUUACAGCUUUACAUUUCACAAUUGCUUGUCUAAGGAUUCAGUUUCUUCACCUUGAAGUUCAUGGCAUCAUCACUUCAGGAGAUCAAUUUAAAUAUUCUGAUGGCUAUGAGCUUGUAAGAGUUGAAUAGGUUUCCUGGUACUUGUGGUCAGAAGGUUAUUUUUUUGUCAGUGCAAAAAGCAGCUGGUUGAUAUCAUGCAUCUAGGUGUCCAUACCAUAUUGCCUCAAAUAAGCACCAACACUCCAAUAAGUGCCCUUCCCUGAAUAAGCCCCCACCCUCACUCCCUUGGCUAUAAUAUCAAACAAGUACCUCCCCCUCCCCCACUUGCUUAAAUAGUAGGGCUGAAAGGAAAACCACUUUAAUUAAAACUUUUUAAGCUUCAACUAUUUUGGAAUUAACACAACCUCACCUCUCCUUGAUAGUAUUCCCUCUUCCCAUCUCAGCCAAAAUUUUUAUUAAGUACCCAGGCUGUUCUUCUGGUCAAUAUGGUAUUUAGAAACAUUACUGCAUUUACACUGACAAAAAAAAUUCUGAUGAAAAGUUUCUCUUUAAAGGGACAUAUUUUGUAAUGUUAGAGGAGAAAGGGUAUAUAAUCAUCUAAUCCCUAGUCAGUUCACAGACUGUUAUAUACAGUAGCAAUAGUCCAGUGGCUAGAGGUAAUAAAUUUGUAUCUUGACAUUAAAUUGCUGUAAUAAACUUGAGUGAGAAGGCCUUUAGGCCUCAUUGGACAAAAA